CAGGGAGGUCAGAGAUGGAAGAAAUCUGGCUGCAAGACAUGCCCAGUAGCAAGAUGGGCUGAGAGCAGGGUGUCUGAGUCUCCUGGGUCAGCUGCCUGAGGAGACAGAGUGGUCUGCAGAUGACUUUCCACGUCUGGGUCCUGGGGGCUCCAGAUGCGCCAUGCUAGCGUCCAGCCACUGGUGACUAAGCAGGGAAGAAUGUGUCCAGCUGGGCGUGCCUCUUCCGGCAGAUGUGGAUAGAAAGAGUUGGAUUCUCUGCUUGUAAUGCAAGCCUGUUCUCAGUCUCUAGAAAAGUGAUUCCCCUUCAGAUGACUACCUUCUCACCGUGUCCUCGCAUGCCUUUCUUCAAUGUACCUGUGUGGAGAGAGAGAAAGAGGAAAAUCUUCCUCUUCUUGUAUUGACACAAAGCUCAUCAUGAGGGUCCCACCCUCAUGACCUUACCUCUCCUUGUUACGGGGGUCUCCUCACUUAUCAGGACUUUGGUUUUCCAUGGCAUCGCUUACCACCACCAACCACGGACUGGAAGCAGGCAAUCCUUCCUCUGACUUGUCGUCUGAAGACCCCAUGAGCUAGCCCGGAAACUCUCCAGCGUCGGACCGGAACUGGAAGCGGGAGUGGGCGUGUCGAGCUAACAAUGGCGCAGUACAAGGGCACCAUGCGGGAGGCCGGCCGGGCCAUGCACCUGAUCAAGAAGCGGGUAAAGCAGAAGGAGCAGAUGGAGGUGCUGAGGCAGCGGAUCGCCAAGGAGACCAUCAUUAAGUCAAACGUGGAUAAGAAGUUCUCGGCUUAUUACGACGCCGUGGAGGCCGAGCUGAAGUCGAGCACGGUGGGCCUGGUGACCCUGAACGACAUGAAGGCCAAGCAGGAGGCCCUGCUCAAGGAGCGGGAGAUGCAGCUGGCCCAGAAGGAGCAACUCGAGGCGCGGCGCCUGCAGCUGGAGGCGCUGCGGGAGAAGGAGCGCAAGCAGGAGCAGAAGCGCAAGAUCUGCAGUCUGUCCUUCAGCCUCGACGAGGGCGACUCGGACGCGGACGCGGUGGCGGCAGCAGCUGGGGAGCAGCCCACGUCGGCGGGGGUGUGCAAGAGGAAGAAGAACCUGGGGAAGAACCCAGACGUGGACACGAGCUUCCUGCCUGACCGCGACCGCGAGGAGGAGGAGAACCGGCUACGGGAGCAGCUGCGGCAGGAGUGGGAGGCCAAGCGCGAGAAGGUGAAAUGCGAGGAGAUGGAGGUCACGUUCAGCUACUGGGACGGCUCCGGGCACCGGCGCACCGUGCGCAUCCACAAGGGCGCCACCGUGCAGCAGUUCCUGAAAAAGGCGCUGCAGGGGCUGCGCAAGGACUUCCGCGAGCUGCGGUCGGCCGGCGUGGAGCAGCUCAUGUACGUCAAGGAGGACCUGAUCCUGCCCCACUACCACACCUUCUACGACUUCAUUGUCACCAAGGCCCGCGGCAAGAGCGGGCCGCUCUUCAACUUCGACGUGCACGACGACGUGCGGCUGCUGAGCGAUGCCACCAUGGAGAAGGAUGAGUCGCAUGCGGGCAAGGUGGUGCUUCGAAGCUGGUACGAGAAGAACAAGCACAUCUUCCCCGCCAGCCGCUGGGAGCCCUACGACCCCGAGAAGAAGUGGGAUAAGUACACUAUCCGAUGACCUCCUUCCAGCUCCCCUGAGGCUCCCUGUCGUCCCUCACCCCCACCUUGCCCUGCCCUAGCCUUGGCUCCCUGGUGGCCACCUGCCAACGCUGGGGCAGUGACAGCCAGCAGAGAAAACGGAUUUCUGGGUCCUUGAACUUCCAACUUAAAUUGGUGACCUUCAUUUCUUUCCUGAAAUUUAAUAAAGAACCAAGGGUUCUUGUGGUUCAA